AUGAGUCGCUCUACACAUCUAUUACCAAGUGGCUAUCUACUGCCUUCAAUCCACGCUGCCGAGCCAUUCUUCGCACAGCAGCCGAACCCGCAGACACAAGCUGUCGCGUUGAAUCACUGGACACGUCUGAUCCUUGGGUACGCUAGGCAUCGGAAGCUAUUCUUUCUUCGUGUGGAGGACGCGGACGCACCAGAGGGAGAGUGGGCGGAGGUGUUGAGGAACGACAGGAUAAAGCGGAAAGUGAAGGGCACGUAUCUUGAACAGAUCCUUGCACACCUGGUCGCCCAGGGCGCAGCUGCAUACGAACCGCCGAAGCAAACACGCUCCGUGUUGUUGUACUGGCGCAAACCAGAGGAAUGGGCCGAAGUACUACAUGAAUGGGCGGUGAACACCGGCCAGAUCAAUACGAUCUUGACGUUCUACGAGAUCACGGAGCCACCGAUCGAGUCGCCGUUGUCAGGGAUGCCUGCUACGUUACUCAAGACGGCAAUUGGGAUCCUCGCGAAGACGGGCAGGGCGCAAACGAUAGCGAUUCCCGACGGCGAGGGCGUGCGGUUCUUCGCACAAAGGAAAUAA